AUGAGUGCCAAGUUACAACCCAUCUUAGAAUCGGCCGACGCAAACGCACCCUUCGACGUUCCGGUGACUCCGAUUAAAUCCUUUAGUACCAACACGAUAAUUGGAACGGAGGCCGGCAUACGGCCGACGGAUGGUCACAGUGAAUGUAGAAUUAGUGUAACCGCUGCGGAGUAUGGCGGUAAGUCACAUGACCGCAUGGUCGGCAGCGAUAGCGACAUUACAUCUGCCGCCUCAUCAUCCGGUUCACACACAGGGAAUAACUUUCACUGCUACACUAAUGAGGGUAGUGGUGAGGGGGGAGGUGGUGCACGGAAACUGGCACCUCAUCUCCAAAGUUAUGAGGAAAACACUCCCACAGAGGCCAGCACGGCCGCGGGCGCCUCUCCAACUCCUAAAGGGGGAAACUCCGAUGCGGAGGAAAGCUCCCAUGGGUUUAGAGUCCCCUCGUGUGAACCUCCAUCUCAAAGGGAGCUCUCAGUAGCGAUGGAUUCACAUUCUGGGAUACAACACAAGCAUGAAAACCUUCUGAGUCCACAUGAUUCCAGCGAUUUCAGCGGCGAUGAUGUGUCUCAUAGGCGGUGCGAAGAGGCUGACGAUAUGCAGCCAAACCAAGGCAAUCAAGGAAAGGCGAAUGGAACUGGGGAAAUGAGGGGUACCCGGCAAAAUAAGGGGAGGCCGGCAAAUGUCCUCAGGCUUCCGCCGACAACCAAACCAUCGUUUGUGCAAGUUGGAACCGUAAGGGAUCAUAAUCUGACGGUUGCCAUUAAGCAACGUGUUAGCCACCACGCGGCAGUUUGCGCGAGAGUCAAUGCAGUGCCACGGAAGAUGUGUCUUUCUUCAAUACUCCCGUCCUUUGGUACGGCAAUGGAGAUGCACAGUUGCAAGAGGCAGAACAUGCUAUUUCCUUCAAGUACGCACGUUCUUCCUUCUUGUUUGCCCGCCGUGGGCAAAAAUGGAGGCUGCGGGUACUGCUCGUCAACUUUUGCCGCACCUGAAGAUAUUGAAAUGAGAGUAAAGAGGGGAAAUGAUGUGGACUGCACACUGCACAGUGUUGGCGGAAAAUUACCCACGCAGUCGCCCAUGAUGUCCCUGUCGUCAUCGCACUUGGAGAAGGAACCCGUUUCGGUGUGCCGUGUAGACAAUGAUAAAUUGGAUGAGGAGGAAGAAUUAGGGUUCGUCGUUAUCGUCAAGGGAAAACAUCAAUGUAAAGGCUAUCUGACAGGUCAAUCAAAUCUAUCGGCUGGCGCAGUUGUUAUUGUGGAGGGAGACCGUGGCGAGGACAUUGGAACCAUUCAGCAAGUGUAUGCCAUAGAAGACGUUGACCAGCUGCUUCACAUGAAAGUAAAGAUGACUGACGCUGCCGAAGAAGCGGGAGGGUGUUCGAGCACUGUUGACGAUACGACUACGGGUGCGUCUGAUACCCCUCAUGAAGAGGCGGUGUUGGACUCCUGUAGCGUUGCUCGAAGUGACGCUCAACCCCCUGACGAUGGCAUGCGUCUCCCACGAGUCCUCCGUCUUGCCACAUCGGAGGAUAUUGCACAACUUUCUGCCCUUCGAGAUGAGGAAACCGAGCUUCUGCCGAACGUGUUGCGUGUUGUUAACGGGUUUAUAUCCAAGUCUACCUCCGCCGCUGGUGUCACCCUUGUUGACAUUGAGUUCCAGUUCGAUAAGAAGAAGUUGACAAUUUACCUCCGCCGCCCAACAGAGACAGGGUUUGUGAACUUCCGCCGCAUGCAGCGACGGUUCCAUCGUCUCCUGAAAUGUCGCAUUUGGCUAGCGUACAUGGAUGAAGUAGAGCGCCAAGUAGAGGCCUACAUCGAGAAGGCUCCUCUCGGUUGUGAGGUGAAGGACCGGGAGCCGUCACGGGACCGGUGUCUAGGCGCGGGAGAUUUGAUCGUAGUUUAA